AUGCUUAAGCUUAGAUCAAAAAAGAGUCUUAUAGAGACCUUACUGCACGAAACGAUUCAUGCCUUACACUUUAUCACACAAGUCUGUGAUGGCUAUGAUGGACACAGUCCUGCAUUUCAUAGAGAAGCCAGACGUAUUAAUAGACUAGUCAAACUUAAUAUCACCGUUAGUCACAAGGACCAUGUCAAACAAAUCACCGUAUUUUGGAAUUAUAAGACGAUCGAUAAACAGAUCCCACAAUCAGCAGAUGCUUGGUGUUCAGAACAUCAAAGAACAUGCGGAGGUAAAUUUAUCAAGAUUGCUGAACCUGACAAGAAACAGACAAAGGUCAAAAGAGGUCCUCUUGAUGGCUGUUACAAAGAAGCCAAAAGUAGAAAAGUAUGCAACAAGUUCUAUCAAAACUAA